AUGCUUGCCUGGGCUGACAUUAAUGAAUAUGUAGCUUGGGGUUUUGAGACUCUCGAAAUUCCAACGAAACCGUACUACCUCCUUGAUUUUGAACAUGAGGAAGGUGUAAAGGAUUGCAAAACAAUGGCCGAUCGUGCAGUGGGUGGCUAUAGCACCGCAAACCUAGACUUCAUCCCUCCUGACCCUACCACUAACGCACCCGCCCACGCCCGUUUUCAUGGCUCUAUAUCGACUAAAUUACCUACGAAUUGGAGGAUACAGCGGACUGGAUAUGCUGCAUUUCGAAAUCACGAUCGUCGGUGGAUAUUCGGUGGCCUACAUUGGGAUAUGGAUCCGUUCGCAUAUCUAGCUCUAAGAGUGAAAUCCGACGGUAGGCGAUAUACUGUUAAUAUACAAACGGACAGUAUCGUGGAAACAGAUAUCCAUCAACACCGACUGUGGACGCAUCAUCAUAGGGUACUAUCUCAAUCACGAUCGCCCGACACGCCCUUGUCGGACUCCCCAGCAGCACUUGCCGAUCUUCCGACUUUGGACGCGAUAUCUCCGCAUGCAGCGACUCCCGGACCAAGCUCGACUGGCUGGGAAACCAUAUUGAUAAAAUGGGGCGAUUUUGUUCGGACAAAUCACGGAAAGGUCGUCGAGCCGCAAACUGGCAUGAUAAGGCAGAGAGUCAAGUCCAUCGGCAUUGGGCUGACUGAUCGUGUGGAGGGCCCGUAUGAUUUGAGAAUCCACCGCAUAUGGGCAACCAACUGGCUGUCCAAGGAAGAGAUGAAAGAGGAGCGCUACAUUUGUGGUGAGAGAGCGUUAGAUAUGCCGACAGUGGAAGCUGGCAAGGAUGAACCUUCGCUGGUGGAUUCCGAAGCGAAAGGCUUGGGUAGAUUCAAACAGCUUAAGGGAUUAAAAAAGGAAUAUUAA